AUGGCGAGCGAGCUGGAUGCUGCCAUCCGAGGCAUGCUCGUGCAGUAUGCAAAGGCUAAGGGAUUUGGCUCAGCCGAGGACAGCGCAGAAGAUGCUGACAACUUGCACCAACCCCAAGAGACGAAGGCCUCUGACGCUCAUAGUGAUGCAACGACCGUAAAGAAAGCUAAAAUGCUGCGCGUGGCGCGCGCGCUGGUAGACUCGAAUCCUCGAGUCCGUAACAAAGGGAUGGCGAGUGUGGGCAGCUUUCUGGAAACUUACCGCGAUCUCACUGAAGAUGAAAUACUUCACGUGUGGAGCACUUUGUAUUAUGCUGCUUGGCUUAGUGACAAGCCACUAGUGCAGAGAGAUUUCUUCGUGCGCACGUCGCUGCUGCACCGGCGUCUGCAGUGCCCUCGGGCGAAGACCCUUUUCUUUUGCGGUUUUUUUAAGGUGCUCAUUGCAGAGUGGGGGAAAAUUGAUAGGCAUCGCACCAACAAAUUUCUCCUGUUUUGUCGAAUCUUUUUGGCAGAGUGGAUGCACGUGAUGCGUCUUAUGAAGUGGGAGGAAACAUUCACUCGUGCAGCCAUCGAAUUUUUGUGUCAGGAAGUAAUGCUUCAGAGUAACGCCCGCGGCAUUGCUCUUCAUCUGGCUGACAUUGUCACAGAUGAAUUCAGGGUGCUGCUGGACGCUGAGGCUUGUCCGUCAUCAGAGUCCGGGAGCUCGAGUUCUGACCCACAGCGGGAGGAAGACGAAGAAGAGAGGCUACGGGCCUUCGCUUGGAUCUUCGUGCCAUUUCUUCGCUGUCUGUGCUUCUCAAAGGACGCGUCACUGAUUGUUCGCAUUCGCGAUCGGGCAUUGGCGAAGUUGAUGCCAAAAGAUGUUGAUUCCGAGUUCGUUGCUGCGGCUGUUUUCUCCCUAGCCAGCGACAAGCGCAUCCGUAGUGAAAAUAGGAAGCAGGUGUUCGCCGCUCACGAGCGUCUCAAAGAAAAUGAGAGACCAGUUGCAGAGGACGCGGAUGCUAGUGAGCGUCAAGUAGGCUCCUUCACGCCGCGUAGCUUUGCAGAUUUGAUAGUAAAGCGCGUAAUAUCCGAGUUCGACGCCGAGAAGCAGAAGAUUUUGCAAGAAAUACCGUGCAAUCCACUACUCGAAUAUCCUAAGCGGAAAAGGCCAUUAUCCAGUGAUCUUGAUGGAGAGAAAGCUGCGGGUACGCAAAGACCCAGCGUUUGCGCCAUAGCUUCGAGCAGUGAUGGCUCUGCAGUGACCCCUUGCGAAACAAAGAGGGCGAAGAAGCGCCUGCGAGUGCAGCAGUUGCAGCAGCAAAUGGGUGAGCCCGGAGCAGAUGAAACGCAAGCUGCUGGUCAGGCAGGAGUGCAGAAGGCGGCAAAGGAGAAGCGAAGGAAGGGGCAAAUUGAAAACGGCAGAAAACGGGGAGAUACGUGCGCCAGAAGUACCGCUGCUUCAGCCGACGGCCUACGUCUACCCAUUCAGAGCAGUGGAGUCCCGCAUGCUGCCAGCGGCAGUAACAAUAACAGUAGCGAUCCAGGCACAGGCCAUGGAAGCAGUGCUCAAGACAGCGCAAGUGACCCUGCAGUAGAUACCGUCUCAGCACACUCUGCAAACUGCCAGCCAUCAGGGAAACAACAAAGUUCAUCUCAGAGCGAAGUGGUGAAAAAGGGAGGAGCAGCUGCACCAUCGGAGAACACCAUUGUUUCCGUAGAGACGCAGAUGCGGAGUGGCGCUCCCUCACGAAGAAGAAGUCUACGUAUUUCGGAAUCGGCGCCUAGCAGCAAGCGGGUUCUAUUCAAUCUAAAGAAAAAUAAAGUGGUCUCGUUCUCGCGGCACGCGCCAUCUCUCGCAGUAGGUCCUGCAGCACUGUCGCCAGGCAAAGGGGUAUCCCUCGCUGCCGAACCCAAGGCGGUUCCAGAUGCCCCACAGGCCAGGGCCGCCCCCCCCAGAGGAAUAUUAAGGGCUGCCAAGGAACCAGGACCACCUACCAGUGAAGAAACAGCUCCCAUGCCCCCAAUUCGAAAGCUUCAGAGGCCUGUAUGGUGGGGUGGAGCCACAGCAGAGCUAAUGGCGGCUUUGCGACGCGCCCUGGCACAGCGCCUCGGCGCUCAUAGUGAAAGCUCAGGGUCCGAAGUCUUGCCGAGGAAAAAAGCAAAGAAAAGCAAGAAAAAAGCAGUCAAGCACAAAAUCCCGUCUAGCAACUCGCAAGUAUAG